AAUCGUGAACAAGUUGUCUCUUGUACCGGACUUGUGUGCUUUUAAUAUAGAUUUCGAAUGUUUCGAUUUCUAUGGACAUUAUUAUUAAAUUGAAACUUCUUGGAGUGGUGUUCAAAACUUUUUAGAAUCCGAUAAUGUUAGCGAAUCAUAUGAAACUUUUCUUCUUAGUCUCUUUAGGUGCGCUGUUAGUAGCAAUAAUAUUGGCAGCAUGGGGAUUCCCAAAGAUUGUUAGCAAACAAAUACAGAAGAAUAUCCAGCUAGACAAUACAUCGGUUAUGUUCGAGAAAUGGCGGAAGUUGCCGAUGCCGCUCGACUUCAAAGUCUACGUGUUCAAUGUGACCAACCCUGAAGAAGUCAACAAUGGCGCCAAGCCGAUACUGGCUGAGGUUGGGCCCUACGUGUAUAAAGAGUACCGCGAAAGGACGGUACUUGGUUACGGGGAUAACGACACCAUAAGGUAUUCUUUGAAGAAGAACUUCAUAUUUGACGACACCGAGUCAGGAGCACUCACUGAAGACGAUGAACUCACUGUCAUCAAUUUCUCCUACAUGGCCGCCAUACUAUCGGUGCAAGAAAUGAUGCCGAGCCUCACCGGAAUGAUAAACCAAGCCCUGGAGGAGUUCUUCUCCGAACUGAGAGAUCCGUUCCUCAGGGUCAAAGUCCGUGAUUUAUUUUUUGAUGGUAUCUACGUCAACUGCGCAGGCAACCACUCGGCUUUAGGUUUGAUUUGUGGAAAGCUUAGGACUGAAGCGCCACCUACUAUGCGACCGUCUGAAGAUGGAAAAGGGUUCUAUUUCUCCAUGUUUUCACACAUGAACCGCACCGAGUCCGGUCCGUAUGAUAUGGUCCGUGGUACGGAGGACGUCAACGAGCUGGGUCACAUAGUCGCGUACAAGGGCAAAUCGUUCAUGCCACACUGGGGCGGGGACAAGUACUGUGGACAACUCAACGGCUCUGAUGCCUCUAUUUUCCCGCCCAUAGAUGAGAACAACGUACCAAAGAGAUUGUAUAUUUUCGAACCGGAGGUCUGCAGAUCAAUGUUCGCCAGUUUUGUAGAGAAAACAACAAUAUUCAACAUGACCGCAUAUCACUAUGCGAUAUCCAGAGAUGUUUUGGCAGCGAAGAGCGCGAACCCUGAAAACAAAUGCUUCUGUAAAAAAAAUUGGAGCGCCAACCACGAUGGAUGUUUGUUAAUGGGUGUUCUGAACCUGAUGCCUUGUCAGGAUGCUCCGGCCAUCGCCUCCUUACCACACUUCUACCUCGCCUCUGAAGAACUACUCGAAUACUUCGGCGGAGGAAUCAACCCAGAUAAGGAGAAGCAUGACACGUAUAUCUUUCUUGACCCGGUCACAGGUGUGGUUUUGAAGGGGUUGCGCAGACUGCAGUUUAAUAUCGAACUAAGGAAGAUCGAAUCGGUUCCGCAGUUAGCGAAUGUACGAACUGGUUUGUUCCCGUUACUGUGGCUCGAAGAGGGCGCCACGUUGCCCGAUUCAGUAGUGGACGAGCUGAAGGGUUCCCACAAAUUGCUCAGUUACGUGGAGGCGGCACGCUGGAUCCUGCUCGUGAUGUCGCUGGUGGCGACGACAGUGAGCGCUGUGGCGCUGGCGAGGUCCGGCGCGCUGCCCAUGUGGCCGAGGAACAGCAACUCCGUUAGUUUCAUUCUGAAUCCCAACCCUCCCGUUAUAGAUGUUAAUAAAGUCCAUUAGAAAUUGUUC